UGAAGCAUCACCAUCUUGAUAAAAGACUUCAAUUAAAAGUAGAUUUUAAGUCUCUUGGUUUGAAACUUCUGAAAUUCUGUCUCAGUUGGAAAUUAUGUCAUUCCUCACAAAUUGACAAUAUUUGUCUGAUGACAAUCUCUUCCCCAAACAACUCAACUUACCACAACUUGGAGAAGAAUGGAUAUAGGAAAUCAUUCUUCUGUAAAUGAGUUUAUCCUUGAGGGAUUAACAGAUGAGCCAGGGCUUCAAAUCCCCCUCUUUCUCCUGUUUCUCUUCAUCUACAUCAUCUCCAUGGCAGGAAACUUGGGCUUAGUUUUUUUAAUCAGUAUCAGUUCUCAGCUUCACACCCCCAUGUAUUAUUUUCUCAGUAAUUUGUCCUUCAUAGAUCUCUGCUACUUUUCUGUCAUAAUCCCCAAGAUGUUGGUGAACUUCAUGUCAGAGAAGAAUUUCACCUCCUUUCCUGAGUGCAUGGUCCAGCUCUUUUUCUUCUGCUUCUUUGGUAUUGAUGACUCUUACAUGUUGACAGCUAUGGCAUAUGACCGUUAUGUUGCCAUCUGUAACCCCUUGCUCUACAAUAUCACCAUGUCCCACAGAGUCUGUUUUCUACUCAUCACUGUUGUGUAUAUAGUAGGGGCUAUUGGGGGUUUGGUUCACACCAGCUACAUAUCUAGUCGUUCCUUCUGUGGAACCAAUGUCAUUCACCAUUACUUCUGUGACAUCCUUCCUCUUCUGAGUAUCUCUUGCUCAAGAGAUUACACCAAGGAGCUUUUGGUGAUGAUUUUGGUUUCAUUCAAUGUAUUCAUAUGUGCUAUAGCUAUCUUCCUCUCUUAUGCCUUCAUCCUUUCCAGCAUCCUAUGUAUCCACUCAGCUGAAGGCAGGGCCAAAGCCUUCAGUACCUGCAGCUCCCACCUUGCCGCUGUUGGACUCUUGUAUGGCUCCACCAUCUUCAUGUAUUUCAAACCACCAUCUGUCAGUGACACAACCCAGGAGAAGGUGGCCUCUGUGUUUUAUACCACAGUGAUUCCCAUGCUUAAUCCCCUGAUCUACAGCUUAAGGAACAAAGAUGUCAAGGAUGCCCUGAAAAAGAUUCUGACUAAUGGGAUAUUCUCCAAGACUUUGUAG